AUGGCCUUCGGCACUCUCGCAUCCUUCGUCACCGUCCUCGCCGCUCUCCAGGUUGCCAACGGUGCCCUCACCCGCCGGGUCGCUUGCCCCGACGGCGUGAACACCGCGACCAACGCGGCGUGCUGCAACCUGUUUGCCGUCCGCGACAUCCUCCAGGAGCAGCUCUUCGACGGCCGCGAGUGCGGUGAGGAGGUCCACGAGUCCCUUCGUCUGACCUUCCACGACGCCAUUGGUUUCUCGCGUGCCGCGGUCGCCGCCGGCACGUUCGGCGGUGGUGGAGCUGAUGGUUCCAUCGCCAUCUUCGAGGACAUCGAGACCAACUUCCACGCGAACAACGGUGUCGACGAGAUCAUCGACACCCAGCGCCCCUUCGUCCAGAUGAGCAACAUGACCACCGCCGACUUCAUCCAGUUCGCCGGUGCCAUUGGUGUGUCGAACUGCCCUGGCGCUCCUCAGCUCGACGUCUUCAUCGGCCGCCCCGACGCGACCAUGCCCGCUCCGGACUUGACCGUCCCCGAGCCCUUCGACUCUGUCGACUCCAUCCUUGCUCGCAUGCUCGACGGUGGCGACUUCUCGCCCGCUGAGGUCGUCGCCAUCCUCGCCUCGCACACCAUCGCGGCCGCCGACCACGUUGACCCCACCAUCCCCGGAACCCCCUUCGACUCCACCCCCGAGCUCUUCGACACCCAGUUCUUCAUCGAGACCCAGCUCGCGGGCACCCUCUUCCCCGGCAACGGCUCCAACCAGGGCGAGGCCAUGUCCCCGCUCGCCGGCGAGCUCCGUCUCCAGUCCGACUCCGAGCUCGCCCGCGACUCGCGCACCGCGUGCGAGUGGCAGUCGUUCAUGACCGUCAUCGGCCACUCCGAGAGCGACCUGAUCGACUGCUCCGAGGUCGUGCAGACGCCCCCGGCCGCCAAGUCCGACGCGCACUUCCCCGCCGGCCUGACCAACACCGACGUCGAGCAGGCGUGCGCCACCGUCGCGUUCCCGACGCUCCCGACCGACCCCGGUCCGGCCACCUCGGUCGCCCCCGUCCCCCCCUCUUAA